UACUAGUUAAAAAGAGAAAACAAAAUUGGCAACAUUUCUUCAUGGCAGAUAUCAGCGACAAGAGUUGCGAUAAGAGUUUCGCAGUCGACCUUGAAAUUUGCCAUAAAAAGGGGCACACCAGCUUCAGUUCCAUCAAAAAGAGUGAAAGAACUUCAUAAACAUGUCACUUAAAGUACAAUCCUGGCUUUCUUUGCUGCUCCUAGCAGGAUGUCUUAGUCCAAUCCAAGGAGAAGAAUUUCCGCAAUGUGCAAAUGCGGUUCUUGAUACUUUUGUCAUGGCCAUCGACGAUUGCGCCUCGUACAUCUAUUGCAAUGGCGAGGACUCUUUCCGGGAUAGCUGUCCGGAGUCAACCUACUUCGACGACCAGACUCAGGAGUGUGCCUUUGAUGAUAACGGAGUGUGCCUAGGUAACUCUGUUUCUGCCCUGACCGAAGCGGAAGGCGAUCAGCAGACUACUGAGAAGGAGGAGGGAAGUGAUGGUACUACUCCACAUCCCACACCGCCUGCUCAAUUUACACCCACAACAUCUUCGGAGUCUUCUACAGCAGCUUCAGAUAUUUCCACACCUUCUGCAGACUCUUCCCCAACCCUCCCAACCAUUUCACCAUCUUCAUCAACCCCCAAACCAUCUUCACCAGCUUCUGAAAGACCACACUGCGACUUAACCGGAGAUGGUGUCCAUCCUCAUCCCCAGCGCUGCGAGUACUUCUACAGGUGCCUCAGCGGUUACUUAACUAUCGUGAGAUGUCCUUACAAAUAUGGCUGGGACUUUCCCACAAUGCAAUGCAAGCCGAUGGCCGAGGCUCACUGCUUGAGUCUUUAGAUCUAUUUUAAACUUUACUAGUAAGAUGAACUAACUUAAAGGAAAGUGUUACAAAAAUCC